ACUUUGUACUUCCUCACAGACCCAUCUUAAAUCACCCACAAUCAUCGAUCCCAGAUAAUCUUAUUGAAAGACAUGACAACUCGAAUCCACUCUCCCAUAUCCCCACCUUUCCAAAUCAACACCCACCGAGGCACUCGAGUCCUCCAUCCAACAUUUGGUGGCUAACUCGCAGAGAAGGCAAACAUGGCAUCUCCUCUUCCUCUUCUUUGGCUGCCCCGCAACCCAAGGAGGAGAAACUCAAUGCAACUCCACAAGGGAUGCCCACCCUCCUGACUGCCAUUGUCCUCAUUCUCCUUGACCUUGCAUUCACCAUCCUUGACCUCUCCUCCUCUCUCCUAUCUUGCUCCUAUCACGAUAGGAAUAAGGAAAGCAAUAAAUUGCAUCACUAGAGAGGCGUUGCCAUCUUGAGCCUACUCUCUGCAAGGAUUCUAGCAUUGGCGAUGGCUCUUGGGAGCUCAUUUUUUGUGCAUCCGAGGCUUAUCAUCGAUGGACUGGUGGUGACCGGGGCCUUUUCUUUUGAAGUGGUGGCCCAGGGGAGGGUCGCCGGGCUGCUCGUGGUGGUGAGCCUAUGGAGGGUGGUGAGAGUGGUGGAGAGCAUGUUCGAGCACAGCAGCGAGGCCAUUGAGGCCAAGAUUGAGGAAGUAGUGUCGCAGUUGGAGGAGCUGAAGUUUGAAAACGGAAGGAUGAAGAGGUUUGUGGCCGAGAAGGAUGGUAGGAUCAGGCAGAAAGAGGAGGAAUUGGCAAGUCUGCGGAUAUUGGUUUGAUGCUUGGUGGAGAUUUGAGCGACGAUCCAUCCGGGAGGCUUGGGUUGUAUUUUUCUUAAGUAUUUUUCAAUUAAAAUUAUAUUUUCUGUUUGUAUUUUUCUAGUUCCUAUCCUUUGGAUUCAAAUUGACUUCACCAGUAGAUGUUGAAGUCCUCUACCAAGGAAUUGGACCUGUUAAUAUAUAUCCCGAUCCACUCUACUUUCAUUUCUCACACUUGAUUGAUCUGGUAUAACCGUGCU